UCUCUCUCGCCCGGUGCAUUGUGGUCUGUGUGCUAAAGGAAGCUGCUGCACCGGAAUCUGGAGAAUUUGAGGUGUCCGCCAAGUCUGCAGCUCAUCGUCGGCUCGUCUCUCUGUCUCUAUAUCUGCACUAUACUCUCUGCGGACACCCUGUAAGGUUCAACAAGGAGAGAAAAUGUCUCAGGCUGACAAAAUGAAGCAGGGGCAGUUCAACAACCCUGAGACCCCAGGGUACGUUGGAUUUGCCAACCUGCCUAAUCAGGUUCAUCGCAAGUCAGUAAAAAAAGGAUUUGAGUUUACGUUGAUGGUGGUAGGUGAAUCUGGACUUGGAAAAUCCACCCUGAUCAACAGCCUGUUCCUCACCGACCUUUACCCUGAGAGAGUCAUCCCUGGAGCAGCAGAAAAGAUAGAAAGGACGGUUCAGAUCGAGGCGUCGACAGUAGAGAUUGAGGAACGAGGAGUGAAGCUCCGUCUCACUGUGGUAGACACACCAGGAUACGGAGACGCCAUCAACAGCCAAGACUGUUUCAGCACCAUUAUCAGCUACAUUGAUGACCAGUUUGAACGCUACCUCCAUGACGAGAGCGGUCUUAAUCGUAGACACAUUGUUGACAAUAGAGUUCAUUGCUGCUUUUAUUUCAUUUCCCCGCUCGGCCAUGGCCUGAAACCCCUGGAUGUUCAGUUUAUGAAGGCCAUUCACAAUAAGGUCAACGUGGUUCCUGUCAUUGCCAAGGCAGACACGCUCACUCUCAGGGAGAGGGAGAGGCUCAAGCGCAGGAUUCUGGAUGAGAUCGAUGAACAUGGUAUCAAGAUUUACCACCUUCCUGAUGCUGAGUCGGAUGAAGAUGAGGACUUCAAAGAGCAGACCAGGAUCCUCAAGGCUAGCAUCCCAUUUGCAGUGGUGGGAUCCAACCAGCAGAUUGAGGCCAAGGGGAAGAAGGUGAGGGGCCGCCUGUACCCUUGGGGAGUGGUGGAGGUGGAGAAUCCAGAACACAACGAUUUCCUCAAGCUGCGGAUCAUGCUGAUAACCCACAUGCAGGAUCUACAGGAAGUGACCCAGGACCUUCACUACGAGAACUUCCGUUCAGACCGCCUCAAGCGGGGUGGCAGGUUGUCCUCCCAUGGUUACAUUCUGCCUCUGUCUCCUGCAAAGGGACCGGAGCCGGAGGAAAUGGACAAGGAUAUAAUCCUGCAGGAGAAGGAGGCUGAGUUGAGAAGAAUGCAGGAGAUGAUUGCCAAGAUGCAGGCCCAGAUGCAGAAGCAGGGAGACGGAGAGGAAGGCCCACAUGCGUGAAAAGUCCAUGGUGUUUGAGCCACUGCUCGAGUUUGACGGAUGAUAGCAGAGAAGGCCAUCUGGUUAUUGACUCGUACUGCUUGCCACUAUUUUUUAUUCCAAUCCUACACAGGCUCUGGAGUCUUUUUUUUUAAAAAAAAAUAUACAUACAGUAAAGUAUAUUCAAACAGUGUUAUGUCUAUAUAUUUACACACAGUUCUAUUUCUUCAUUUUUUAUUUUGUUUCAUUUUUAGUAAACUUUUGCCAGUUACUCAAAUGAAGUCACGUGACCCAUCUUUUAAAAUGGUGGAGCAUACCUUAAAUACAAACCCUUUGCGACAUUCUGUUAAUUUUCCAUUUUUGGUUCCCUUUUUGUUAUUAAGAAAACCAAAGUAUCGCUGCUUGUAUUCAGUGCUUUUAGUCCUAAAACAUCUCUCAGAGCACACGCUAACCAUUUCUCUGUGAAAGAGCUUCAUUGGGAGAGUCAACUAUGCGAGAAACUAGUAGCAAAAAUAGCUUAUCACAACAUUGUUACGCCAUCGUCUCACUAUUCUUUUUGUCAAGAGAAAACGUAAAUUCCUCUCCGGUUCAGAAGUGACCACCCAAGCUUCCUAUUAAAUAGGUUCCACCCCGAUCAGUGUUAAUCAUAUCUGCAUGCAACUCUCGACCAUGUCUGGAAGGAUUUCAGGUGAAUUUUCCCUCCAUUGCCGUGUUGGGAUCAGCUUCUCCCUUUCUUGUCCAAAUCUUUUCCAUUAGUGCAGUUCUCAGAUCAGUGUCUUUAAAGUACAAUGCCAUUCAAAUGUUGUUUAGCUCCUUUAUGAGUUUGAUAGGAAAUUAAUAAACUGUGACCCCUGACUUCUUAGUCUUCCUGUAGACCUGACAAAUGAAGGACGAGCAAAUGAGGUGCGAUACCUCUUGUUUGGUGCUUUCAAGCAACUAGAUGUAAUUACUCCACGUCUUCUCCACACCAUAAAGUGAAGUCAUGUGCCAGGGAGCAUUAACUGUUAAGUGUUUUUACUGAUGCAGUGAGAUUUAAGAGGUAUAAACUUUUACCUGUCUCAACUGCUGAAUACUUUGUGGUUUCCACGACCACAGGGAUUAAAGGUGACCCGAUAAGGUCACUGUAGCCAACGUUUCCCUCACCAGCCAAGAUGAGAGUUCUUGACAUUCCUCUUUGUGCUGUUUUUAUCCAAUAUUAAAGUACCAAAUAUUGUUUUUGAUGCAUAUAUUGUAAUAAAAAUUGUAUUAAACUUUA